AUGACGCCUGGGUCUGCUGCCCCCAUCAAACGGCGCUCUUUCUGGGACAUCGGAUUCACUCCUUUGACAGAGAAGGAGCGGGCCUUGUCUCGUAUGGAUGAAGAACAACCAAACAUUUUGUGUCAAUACUGUCAAAUGUUGCUUCACGAAAUCGACCGCGCACUCUUUGGCUCAAAUUGCGUCCUUGAUGAUACGAUCUUAGCUGGCGAUGAUGAUGUAGAGGAAGAGGAAGUUUUUAUGAGUGGUGCUCUGAAUCCCGAUCCAAGCAAAUGGACUCAAGCAGAAGCGAAAAUAGUCGAGGAGGAUUUCCCCAAUACCAAGCGGAAGGUUCGAUAUCAAGAAAUCCAUGACUCCGCUGUCCAGGGCUGUCUUUGUUGCACAAUCAUUGACAUAAGAUGCGAUGAUGGGAGGAACGCAGAUCGCACAAGCCGCAUGGUGGAGACAGGCGUGGCUGCGACAUAUGCGGAUGGAAAGAUGACAAACAUUCGGAUAGAGAUAACUGUGUCAGUAAAGGGUAACCCCGGCCAGGGCACCCUGCUCUCGGAAGUUAGCAUCAACACCUUUUCCUCAAGACGAUAUGCAGGGUCUAGGAUGCGCCCGACGGGCUCUAUCUACACAGCAUCGCAGAACUGCUUUGACAUUGGACAAUCCUGGCUUCAUCGCUGUCUCAAUGGUCAUCAAGAGUGUCCUCGUUUCGAGCCUAAAUGGAUGCCGACGCGUGUCAUCGCCAUCUCCGGUGCGGAUCAAGCGUCGCUGGUUGAAACGAAUACGUUGCCUACACUCGUCGCAUAUUACGCGCUCAGUUAUUGCUGGGGCACGGAGCCUGUCUUGACUACGACGAAAUCGCGAUAUGAAGAAUUUAAAAGGUCUAUUCCAAUCAAAGACCUUCCGUACACAAUCAAGGAUGCGAUAAGAGCUGUUUAUGAUAUGGGCGGGCGGUACCUUUGGGUGGAUUCCAUGUGUAUCGUACAAGACGAUUCAGAAGAUUGGAAAAGAGAGGCCGCAACUAUGUGUGACGUCUACCAGCACGCACUCCUCACUAUAGUGGCGCUGGGAGCAUCUGGCGCAAACGAAGGACUGUUUUCACGCCGGGAGCCUCGCAGCGUCCAAAAUUGCGAUGUAGAAAGCGAACUCAAGCCAACGGAAUACAUUAGUCUCACGAAUCGCCAAUCCAAAGACAUUGGUGCCAGACGGUUCAUAGAGUCGAAAUUUCAUUCUCGAGGGUGGACUUUUCAAGAACGCGCAUUGGCCCCGAGGAAGAUAUACUUCUCUUCGCUUCUAUUUUGGGAGUGCAAGACUUGCACACUGGAGGAGGGCGACACGCGCAUGCACAUCAACAUCACUAAGCCAAUCGGCAGUCAAGAUAUUCGCAAUAACCAGGAGGAAACAGUGCCGGAUGAAGACGGGUACAUGAGCACGCCUAGGACUUUGCGACUAUGGCAUGAUAAUCUGCGCAUAUUUACACAACGCGACCUCACUGUGGCUACCGAUCGUCUUCCCGCCAUCAGUGGCGUCAUAACGGAAUUUUCAAGAAAUACGGGGUGGAAAAGCAUAAAUGGUAUAUGGUCUGAUCAUCUUGCUGUGGAUCUACUCUGGAUUCUCUACGAUGAGUUCAGAGAGGUUCCGAGGCUUGUUGGCGCCCCGACCUGGUCCUGGACGAGCAUCGCUGCGCCAAUUAGACAUUACUACGAUAUGAAAUACAGUCUGGUAGAGGAUUCCAACGUCUACAUUGACUCUGAAGAUUCAAGUAUUCUAAAUGCGAGAGGGGGUCUUCUCGAUCUGCAUCCCGAGCUACCAUCAAGCGAUGUCUCAGAGGAUCUCGAUGUUACAUCAAUGAGAUGGGUCGUCCAAGACUUACCGACCAUUACAGAUCAUAUGAUGCAUGUCGACCGUCCUGAACACAUUCCCGAGGGUCCCCAUUACUUCUUACCGCUUAUCAUGGCGGAUUUGCAGGCUGAUCUUUCCUGGGAAGACACCGGAACCGUUUGUAUGGGCCUUGCGCUGGUGCAGGUUUCCGAGAGAGAGGACUAUUUCGAAAGAUUUGGGGUGCUGUUGGUCUGGUUCGAUAUCGGUGUUAUUCCUUCCCAGAAGAUCACGUUUCGUCGCGGAAAAGUCGAAUGGCCGCAUAAAAAAUGGAGAAAUGUACGAAUUGUAUAA